AUUUUGAGGAACAUUAACUGCAGCUGGAAAAAACAUGACUGUCAAAGGAACUUUCUUUUUGCUUUGGAGAUUUUUUUGGCUCUUUCUAUACGUUAACCCCUCUAUCACAUAUUCGCUGAAAAAAUGCACCAUAAUAUAUCAGGAGAAUUCAUCCGCUGAUGUUUUGGUGGAUUGUGCAUACAGGAAACUUAUGACUUUUCCUGAUGAUAUCCCUAAACAUGCUACUUCAUUAGAUCUCUUAUGCAAUGAGGUUAAAAGAAUUAACAGGGAAGAUUUAAGUGAGAUGUCUAAUCUGAAAAACCUGAAUCUAAGAAGUAAUGACAUUUCUCAUGUGGAUGAUAGAUCUUUUAAUGACUUGACCUCAUUGAAAAUUCUCUCCAUUCGUUGUAAUAGACUAACCAACCUGACAAACAAUAUGUUUAAGGGCCUGUUCAACCUCACUGUACUUGACCUUUCUGAAAACCAAAUUAAUCUUAUUGAAAACUCUGCUUUAAAGUCUCUAAUCAGCUUAGAGUUCUUAGAUUUGAGUGACAAUCAGCUUUACAAAAUCACCGACAUUAUACCCAUCCUACAGCUACCGCAAAUAAGGAGGCUUAGCCUAGAUUGUAAUAAUUUUUCUACUUUUGAGACCAAGGACCUACCGAUGAAUCUGUCUUCAAGCCUAAAUGAGUUGAAGGUUUCUAGUUGUAGCCUAAAUUUUUUCAGCAUAACAACAUCAAUCUUUCCCUUCCUCCAGAAGUUCGAUGUUUCCAAAUGUGGGUGCUCAGUACCAGCGAAGUGUGAAGUACCUGACAAAGCUUUAGUUAAAAAUAUCUCACAGCUUAUCAUCAAAGAAAUGUCCUAUGAAUGUAUUGAACAACUCCUCACAAAUCUUUUAUCUUUGCAUCAUUUGCAGUUAGUUGAAAUGGAGGAAUAUAUUAGAAAAGGACUACUGUCAAAAGUCUGCAAAAUAACAAAAGUUAAGAGACUGGAUUUGUUUGACAAUGAUCUUGACAAUUUCACCACUGAGCUUUCAACAUGCUCUCAGCUCAUAACACUGGAUCUGUCAAAGAACAGGAUAGCUGAAUUACCAAAAGGGUCCAUACAACAAAUGGAGCUACUGCAGUCCUUAAACGUGAGUCACAACCUUCUUUCCAAAGUUCCCCACGAUGUCCGAAGCCUUGCCUGCCUUAAAAUCUUAGACUUGAAUUCCAAUCGCAUCUUGGAGUUAACCUGCGAAGAUUUUAUGAACGCAACAAAUCUUACAGAGCUUUACCUAAACGAAAACCGUAUUGUCAAACUUGAUAAGUGUGUUGUUCAAAAUCUCACAGAUUUAAAGCGUUUAGAUUUGAGUAAUAAUCUGCUCCGGAGAUUUGGAGACACAUUUAAAGUUGCUUUAAAAAAAUUGGAGUUCUUGGAUUUGACAGAUAGCCAUAUAUUGUCUUUAAGGACAAAGGACUUUCAGAGUUUGGAGUCACUUAAGCAGUUAAAUGUUGCUACAUACUUUUUUACUAAGACGAAACCUAAAAAAGCUCUUUUACAAAAAGAACCUGUCAUUCAUGGAUUACAGCAGCUAGAAAACUUUACAAUAGAAUUCACCUCUGAAGACGCUUUGACAGUUCCCAAUUUAAGCAUUUAUAAGGGUGAAAAUAUUCCUUUCAAGUCAAUGAAAAGACUGACAGCUGUUUGUUUCGGGGAUCAUACCGGCCUUCCCUUCAACAUACCAACAGAAAUGCUUAAUGGAAUGGAAAAUUUGGAGACUUUUACAGCUGUGAAUAUCUAUGCUUUCCCUCCAUAUGUUGAUAUGUUUAUGUUUAAUACAAAACUCAAGAGUCUAUCAUUUGCCGAAACGGAUCUGUCAAAAAUGAAUCCUGAGUUAUUUCAUCCAAUCCAGAACUUACAGGCUUUGGAUCUUUCCAAUUCUAAGUUGAUAUCUUUGGAUUUCCUUGUAAAGGCCAAUCUUUCUGCUCUCAGAUUCCUAAAACUGAGCAACAAUGAGCUUACUGUGAUUAAUGAGACUGUCUUCCAGUCUCUCCCCUCUCUAACGUACUUGGACCUGAGCAAAAACCCGUUUACUUGUGAUUGUUCAAAUGCAGGUUUUAUCAGAUGGGCAAAAAGCAACAAGCAAACACAAGUGGCAAACACGCAUCAGUACAUAUGUUCCUUUCCUGUCAACGAGCAAGGACAUUUUUUACUAGAUUUUGACAUUAACUACUGUUUGAACAAUGGCAGCUUUUUUUACUUCGUUUCCAGCACUUUUCUGGUUGUUCUUACUCUCCUUAUAUCCUUCAUCCACCACUUCCUGAAGUCGCACCUAGUCUAUGCAUUCUACCUAUUCAAGGCCUAUCUGUAUGACAGUAGGAAGAGGAUGAAGGAAGGCCCUCAUAAAUUUGAUGCCUUUAUUUCCUACAAUGCCCAUGAUGAGGACUGGGUUUACAGCAAGAUGGUUCCAGUGCUAGAGGGAGAGCAGGGCUGGAGACUUUGUCUGCAUCACAGAGACUUCCAACCAGGUAAACUCAUGCUUUAUUUAUUUUAUAAGGUCAAGCAUGAGAUCAAGCUGUCAGAUCCCACUGCUUUUAAACAGCGACCAAGACCCAUCCACCCCCAAGAUGUGGAUGCUGUGCGAUAUUACCGCCGGUUUGUGGAAGGCUUCUCAUCAGUGGUCAAACCUCUUAAUGAGCUAACAGCUGGAUACCCACCCUGUGAAAUUGCUGACAAACAAAGAACCGAUUCAGUCAUUCAGCACAUCAUCGCUCAGUUGGAACGAGGGGAAAACCCACAGCCAUCUCUGAGGGAACAGCUCCCCGAUCUGCCAUUACUCCUGCGAGAGCUUACACGUCUGGAGCUCCGUAAUAAUGUUCUCGUCAGGAAAAGGAACAUUGGAGGUGAGCUUACUUACCAACUUGUACUUCCAGAGGAAUGGCGGGCUGAGGUCCUCAACCAGCUUCAUGACCAGAUGGGCCAUUUAGGAACAGAGAGGACUCUGGAGCUGUAUGUUGAAAAUCUCAAGUCACACCUAAAAGAAAGUUACAAGAUUGCAACUGAAAACUCUGAGAAAGUCAUAUGGAAGAACAAACUCAGAUUCGACAAGCAAGUCACAGCCGCAGAACUCUCAUUUGGAGAUAGAGUCCUGGUUAGGAAUGUCAAACUACGAGGCAAGCACAAGCUCGCAGACUGGUGGGAGUCGGAUGUGUAUAUUAUUCAGAAGAAAGCCGGCACUCUUCCAGUAUACACAGUUAAACCAGAAGGCAAAGAUCGUCCCAUCAGAACUCUCCACCGUGACCUGCUGUUGCCAUGUGGCUACCUGUCUCCAGCCUCCAAACCAGAACAAAUAAAGCCAACAGUGAUUGCACCCGUGACUUCAGAAAAUUUAGAUCUUCCAGAUCUUGAAAAUGAAGAAGUGUUCUUACCUGAUUUGUCUGAUUAUUCCAGCUCUUAUCUCACCAGAAUUACAACUGAGGUUGACUUGCCUGUUCCUCCAUCUACUGUCGCUCCUAUGCCUGUGGAUCCGCCUGGCCAGCACUCACAAGGCUCCAUGGAAGGAAUGGUUGCUGAGGAACAGGAAGUAGAGUCUGGACCUGAACCUACUGCUAAACUGGGCAUGGAGCAAAUAGCUGAAGAUGCAGCAGAUUCUGCCGACUCGGAGCCUCUCGAGGAAAACUUCUUCCCUCAAUCAGGACCCGUCUCUCCUCAGCCAGAAGCUACAUCCCCUCCAGAACAAACCAGCAUGUUAAGUGAUUCUACUGCUUCAGAACUCUCUAGUCCAGAUCCUGAACCACUUGUCCGAUGCUUGACUCGAACACGUCAGCCACCAUCUCGUCUGCAGUAUUCGAAACUUUGGCAUCCACUUCUGCAAAGCAUCCAGUCGCUGUUCCAAGGACUCAGUACAGCUUUUACAUCUGCUUUGGAACUGGAUGAGACUUCCAUGACCUCGGCAUCAUAUGACGGUGUGAUGUGUCACCAGCCGCUUGCAU